AUGGGCGACCGUCGAAUGCCUAGUAUUUUUCCUGAGUGCGAUCAACUGAAGCAGGAUUACGACAAAUGCUUCACCGACUUUUUUCAAAAAUUCAUCGCAUCAAGUUAUCGUCACAGCUACACAGUGAAUCCUUGUGACCGGCUCCAUCGGAUAUAUCGGGAUUGUGUUGAGCAGCUACGACUGAUGGAGAGUUUGCAGUCGAAUCUUCCUCACCCCCAAAUAAUUUCUGAUUCAGGUGAAUCACGAUUUAAUCAGCUGGAAAGGAUUCUUGAACAGUUCCAGGAGAAUGCUCGACACUUGGGAGUUAUUGCCACUGAUUUUGGCGCCAGAAGUCAAGAACCCUUCAAUCAAAAGAUACACACUUUAGUCUCUGGUCUGCAGGAACUAGAUCAAAUGCGAAGUCAGUUCAUGGACGUCAAAGUUCCAUUGGAAUUACUGGAUGUUUUAGACCAAGGGAAAAACCCGCAAUUAUACACAAAGGAAGUUCUGGAAAGGACCCUAUUGAAAAAUAAAGAGGUUAACGGUAAAGUUGAGACGUAUAAGAAACUUCGUGCUGCUUUACUGAAGGAACUUGGAGAAGAGAUGCCUGAAGAUACUAUGACUUAUCGUAAUAUCAGAGAUAUAAUGGAAAAGCAAUAG